CCGGUCGAGGACCCUUGGCACGCUGUGGACUCGGGCGCUCGGCUGCCUUCGGCAAAUGGCGGUGUCUUCUCCCUCCACACUGAUGUUCCUGGUCCUCAUCUCUUCCUCCUCAAGCGCCCUCCUUGUUGCCCCCGCUGGUCCGAAUCCGAACUAUGAAGUGGUAUAUCUGAUGACGAUCAAGAACCUCCUCGAGGACCCCCAGGGCGUGCUCAAGAACUGGGACAUGAUGUCUGUGGAUCCCUGCGACUGGAACUUGGUCACCUGCUCGCCAGAGAACCUUGUCACUCGACUGGAAGCUCCUGGCCGGAAUCUCUCGGGCCGCCUCUCCCCGACCAUAGAGAACUUGACCAAUCUUGAGUUACUCCUGCUGCAGAACAACAACAUAACUGGGCCAAUCCCAGCAGAGGUUGGCAAGCUUGCCCAGCUCAAGAAACUCGAUAUCUCCAGCAACCACUUCUAUGGUGAAAUCCCCUCCUCCGUGGCCCACCUUAAAAGCCUCCAGUACUUAGAUUUAUCCUAUAAUAACUUGAGCGGUCCGGUACCGAGAUUGCUUGCAGGAACACUCAAUGUAAUCGGUAAUCCUCUCAUCUGCGGUGCGAAUACGGGGCAAGACUGUUCCAGGACUGCACCGGUGCCAUUGUCCUCCAACCAGAAGAUCUCACAGGCCAGUCUACCGACUGCUAAAGCUAAAAGUCACAAGUUUGCAGUUGCACUUGGUUCCGCGAUCGCUUGCGUCAUCUUCCUCUCCUUUCCUAUAUCAUAGCUGGGAAUAAUCCUCUGAUCUGCGCUGCGAGUAAGGAGAAGGAUUGGAUUGUAACAGCCAGGACCGUAAUGAGAAGAAGCUAGUGGUUGGGGAACAGCAUGAGAGAGUUGAUUCUCUCAUCCAAGAACAGCAUGAGAAGAAGCGACAUAAGCGACAUGAAUAAUUGCUUGGCCAGCCUUGGUGUCUUGUGGCCAGGCUAGUACUGUAUUUUGCAAGCCCAUCUCUUCGUCUAAUGGAUAGGCAGUGCCUCUGCCAUCUUGUAGAAAACGUUCUGCGGCUGCAUCUUUUUUUUUUUUCGCCUUGAUUACAAUAGGUUGUAUGCAAUCUAUCUUUAGCAACCAGGAUGACAUCUGUUUGCUCUACUCCUGUAAUGAACCCAAUUUCCCUAGCGCAAUGCAGGUUUCCAUAUUUUCCUGACCAUAUUAUGCCUGGAAGAAUGACAGGUACCGAGUGUGAGGCGGCUCGGAGUUGGA